UGAUCGAUAUGAAAACAACAAGAACCACACUACCUAUUAACACCAUAAAUAUAGGUUCACUUUCUCACAACUAUUUUAAGUGUAAUCAUAAGCUAUCUGCUUAUUUAUCCUACAAGUUGGUCACUUCAAGAUGAAUAUUUUGUUGUGGCAAACAUGGGCUUUUGCUCUAAUUUUAUCUUCAUUUAUGGCUUCUGCUGCUACAGUUGAACACACUUUCUUGGUUGAAAACAAGACUAUCAAACGAUUAUGCAAUGAACAAGUGAUUGUUACAGUUAAUGGACUUUACCCAGGUCCAAAGCUAGAGGUCAGAGAUGGUGACUCUGUGAUUGUUCAUGUAAUCAACAAUUCACCCUACAAUAUAACAAUUCACUGGCAUGGAGUGUUCCAGCUAUAUAGUGCAUGGUCAGAUGGACCUGAAUAUAUAACACAAUGUUCAAUUCGUCCUGAAAAUAAAUUUACAUACAAAUUUAAUGUGACACAACAAGAAGGAACAUUAUGGUGGCAUGCUCAUGCAUCAGUUGUACGUGCAACAGUUCACGGUGCCAUUAUCAUUCAACCUCGUUCUGGUCGAUUUCCAUUUCCUAAACCUUACAAGGAAGUACCAAUAAUACUAGGUGAUUGGUAUGAUGGAAAUGUUGAGGAGAUUAUCCAAAAAGAACUCGAAACAGGCGAUAAAAUAGCAUCUGAUGCUUUCACUAUCAACGGCUUUCCUGGCGAUCUCUUCAAUUGUUCAAAAAAUCAGAUGUAUAAGCUGAAAGUGAAGCAAGGAAAGACCUAUUUGUUCCGAAUGGUCAACGCUGCACUCGCUAACAAUCUUUUCUUCAAGAUUGCCGAUCACAAAUUCACAGUUGUAGCCAUGGAUGCCGCAUACACCGAGCCCUAUACCACCGAUAUAAUCGUCAUCGCGGCAGGCCAAAGCGCUGAUAUACUUUUCACAGCAGACCAACCAAAAGGUUCAUACUACAUGGCUGCAUCACCUUAUGUUGUUGGUGAACCAGUAGGACUCUUCGACAAUUCCACAACUCGUGCCGUCGUCUUUUACGAGGGUUACAAAAAAUUAAAAACAAAACAUAUAGUACCUUUAAUGCCAGCAUUACCACUUCAUAACAAUACACCAAUAGCUCACAAAUUUUUCAGCAACAUAACUGGUCUUGUAGGGGGUCCUAAUUGGGUCCCUGUCCCACUUGAAGUGGAUGAACACAUGUAUAUCACAAUUAACAUGGGUUUAGUACCUUGUCCUGUAAAUGCUAAGUGUACAGGUCCACUUGGACAAAAAUUUGCAUCUAGCAUGAACAAUGAGUCAUUUUUGCUUCCUGUUGGAAAAGGAUAUUCCAUAAUGGAAGCAUAUUUUUACAAUGUGAGUGGCAUUUACACUACAGAUUUUCCAGAUAACCCUCCAAAAUUUUUCGACUUCGUAAACCCGAAAAUAUUUUUGGAUCCUAAUGUUACAUUUACACCGAAAUCGACUAAGGUGAAGCAAUUCAAAUACAAUUCAACGGUGGAGAUUGUGUUUCAAAAUACAGCGAUUUUGAAUGCGCAAAGUCAUCCCAUGCAUCUUCAUGGUAUGAAUUUUCAUGUUUUGGCGCAAGACUUCGGGAUUUUCAAUCCUACUACUGAUAAACUCAAGUAUAAUUUGGUGAAUCCUUCAAUUCGCAACACGGUUGCUGUGCCGGUGGGAGGAUGGGCUGCUAUUAGAUUCCGAACAAACAAUCCUGGGGUAUGGUUUUUGCAUUGUCAUGUGGAUGAUCAUAAUCUUUGGGGAUUAGUCACAGCAUUCAUAGUUGAAAAUGGACCAACGCCUUCAACUUCACUUGGUCCACCACCUGCUGAUUUGCCUAAAUGUUAAUUGGCUAUAUGCUAGAAAAUGCAGCUGUAUAUUUUAGAAGUCAAAGUCUCCUCUUUCAUAUUUUUCUUUUGAUUAUUCAGUCAAACGUUUUAAUUUUAAAUUUCAAGCAAUAAGUACAACUUUUGGUCACGUGGUAGGAUGAAAAUUGUACCCAUAUCUACAAUAUACAACUUUUGGUCAUGUGGUAAUCAUAUCCAUGGGUAUCUAGUAAGUGAAAUUACCAGAGUCUUACAUUGAUGCUAUAAUUGAUUAGUAGUCUGUGAACACUGAAAGCUGUUUUUUGAUGAAUAGUGUGAUGUUUAAUUCUGCAAUUAUGCACCAAA